AUGGGCGGGGAGGAGGAGGAGGUCCUGCGCAUCGCCAAGCGGCUCGACAAGAUGGUCGCCAAGAAGAGCGUGGAAGGGGCAAUGGACUUGCUGAAGGAACUGAAAAGUAUGCAGAUAACACUUCAUUUGCUGCAGUCUACCCGAAUCGGGAUGUCGGUGAAUGCCCUUCGAAAACAAAGCACAGAUGAGGAAGUGAUUGCACUCUCGAAAUCGCUUAUCAAAGCUUGGAAGAAGCUCUUAGAUGCCUCCGAAGAUAAGAGAGAUGCAAAGAAGAAGAAUUCGCUGUCAGCGUCUUCUUCAAAACAGACGGGUGAUUCGCGAGACCAAAGCUCGCUCAAAAGGCAGGAGUCCGUAAAAAGUCCCACCACGCCCAAAAUCACAACUUUCCCCCCCAUGCCCAUCACGUGCGACACAGUCCGGAGCAAAUGCCGAGAAAUGUUAACUUCUGCUCUCCAGACGGACA